AUGUCCUUGUUAACGACUUUUCUUACCAGGACCAACUUAUGUUUUGUUUUUGCGGCGUUUGUCUCGGUCCAGACUUCUCGUGGCCUCGUUAGGGCCGGAUUCAAAAAUCCUGCCCAUCCUAGUCAACACGAACCGGCUUUCCCUGUCCUUGCCGCCAUCGAAUUAACGAAGUUACUUAUCACGGCCAUCUUGCUACGACUCGACCAUGGAAGUCAGGACUUGUCGGGGGCUACCAUAGUGGCCGAGGCAACGGAAUGCUCACAUACUGAUGACCUUCCCAAUGGAAAGACGCCGCCCUCCUCAUCCUCCAUAUAUCUAGCUGUACUUCCAGCACCAGUCCUUCUGGUUCUAAGUCAUGCUUUGCUCCACUUUCGGCAGCAUUUUGCCAGCGAAAGCGCCUUAAACUCGGCCGAUGUUUUUGUAAUAAUUUUUGUGGCUCUAUACGCCCACUUCUUGCUCGCCAAAACGACCCAAUCUAGACACUUGACAACUGCUUUCCUGCUGAUUGCUGCUGUGUUUCUUUCUCGUCGUAUCACCAAAUUACCGUCUUAUAAUGCUGCCGCAUAUUCCCUCGUCUUUUUGAGUGUAUCCGUUGUCGCUGCAUCCCAAGUUAUAGUCUCUCGCCUGUACCGGCUCUUUGGCAACCUCCCGAUCCAUAAACUCAACGUAUUCCUAUUCAGCAGCAGUUUUGCUGCCUACGCGAUUGCUGCUCUGAUUUUUCCUCACCCGGCACCACCAUCCGCUAGUCUUUCUGAGUUGCCGGGAGACUCCAUUGCGACUAUGGUCGGCCUAUUGCUCCAUGUUCUGGGUGACCUACUUGGUCUCGCUAUACUCCAUCGCUCUUCUGCGUUCACACUUGCAGUCCUCGCGCUCCUGUCGACAUCACUAACGGCACCAAUUGCGCAUCUCAUAUUUCGACCCCCAGACCAUUUUACAGGUUUUCAGUGGUUGUGUACUAUGCUCGUCGUCUAUGCAGCACUGUCAUAUCUACGCGAAGAGAGCGAUUCUCAAAGUGAACUGGGGCUACCUCCGCUUACCACAACUUCCUCACGCCCACCAAGACGUAGUCUCGGCUUAAUUCUACUUCCUAUUGUGCCAUUCCUUAUAAUCCUUGCCAUAUCCCCUUUGGUUCCACUGCCUCCACAUGCUCCUUCAUAUCGUUGGUCGCACAAGCCCGAAAAGCAACCAUUGAUGCCACACCAAUACGACCCCAGUUACCGACUGGACUCAAGCAACUCUACCUGCGCACGUCGUCCGCUGCCACAUUCCUCGGAAUUCGUCGGUUCCGGUCCCCGACCAGACUUUCAUGCAUUUGACGACGUGCUCUUGAUCGUGUUCUUUAGCCAUCCACGAUAUGACAUUAACUUGGAUGGGUAUCGCGAAACAUAUUCGCAGUAUUUCCCCAACAUCCUCUUUAUUGGACCCGGAAACCGCGAGGACCGAGGAUUCCUCCACUCUGAAGACGUUGUCGUUGAUACGUAUGGGGCUGCCGAAGAUUGGAAUGCUGGCUGGUACCAGAUCGGUGGCCGAAUGGCCCACCAUAUGUUAUACACCGCCGUCAAAGAUAACCCUUGCUAUGCUGGUUAUCUUUGGGCGCCUUUCGAUGCGUUCUUAAACGUCCCACGCUUGAUGCAAUUUCCACAAGACCACAUUUGGUACUACACCCCUUUCGAGUCAAUACGACAAUAUGUGCCGAACCCAGCCACCAACAACUCCCUGGAGACACGACCUCCGCCAGCAAAAGUCUCCACGCUGACGCCCGAAGAGUAUAACCGGAAGACUGACGCAUGGGGGAAGGGUUGGGACCAGUCGUUGUGGUGGUGGGGUGAAAAACACGUUGGCUUGACGGCAUGCAUGCCAGCGUACGAAAUGAUACCCGCGAAGAUGCGAAACCGACUCGCAGAGCUAACCGGUGGCCCUGCUCGUUUCGUGGGUGGCUCGGCGGACACGUUAUAUUUUCCCGCCGACCUGCGAUGGGACAUGUUGGAUGUCUUGGGCACGUGGCUGCAGACCGACUGCUUCUUAGAAAUCGUUGUUCCGACGACCCUGCACUUAAUCUUACCCCCGGAGACGGCAAUGGUUUUCAUCGACCACUGGUGGGAUGUGAAGGAUGCGACGGACACUGGAACCACUUUCGUGCGAGAUCGAUGGGCAGCAGGCUCUGAAGUCGACACUUUCCAUUCGUUCCAUUGGGGAGAUGUUCAGGAGGGGGGUUUCUUCAGACCGCAUGAAAAUAUUGUUAUCGAGCUGCAGAGAUUGACGAGGGACUCAUUCAAGCGACAAAAUAUCAUACCCCCAUCGUGA